CCAUACAAUUCAGUCGUUCGCCGUUCCUGCUCUAGUCAACGUCGCCAAACCAAUAUACGAGCACGAAAAGUGUUACCUAAUCGUUUUUAUUAAUUUUCAUUUUGUUUUAAAUUAAAAUUUUAUUGUGCUACUGUGAGAAUUUGCCGCAAAAAUGGGCGAUCCAAUGAAAGUCGAAGUCAAAAAUAUCGACCAGUUGUUCCAGCUGGAUCCGUAUUUAAAGCCACACGAAGUUGAAUUGAGACGGAGACACGGCUGUUUGCAGGAAUGGAUCAAGAAGUUCAAUGAAGAUGAAGGAGGCUUGAAUAACUUUUCGCAAGGAUAUAAAUAUUAUGGGUUACAUGUGCAAGCCGAUAAUAGUGUGAUUUGUCGUGAAUGGGCUCCCGGAGCGCAGGAAUUGUAUCUUACAGGAGAUUUUAAUAAUUGGCACUGGAUCGAUCAUCCCUUCACGAAACUACCCUUCGGAAAGUGGGAAUUAAAGAUUCCUCCAUGCGCCGACGGUUCUUGCGCCAUCAAACAUUUGUCUGAAGUGAAGGUUAUUGUCCGUAAGCAAAACGGGGAACUCGUCGAUCGCUUGUCUCCAUGGGCCAAAUACGUGAAACAACCGCCAAAAGAGGCAAAUCAAGGUGUUUCGUACAAGCAGUACGUUUGGCAUCCGCCUCCAACGGAAAAGUAUUACAUCCGUAACCCGCGCCCCAAAAAGCCAAAGAGCUUGCGGAUCUACGAGUGUCACGUAGGCAUCGCCACGGAGGAAUUAGGUGUCGGUUCAUAUCGCAAUUUCGCGGAUAACAUUGUUCCGCGCAUCGCUAAGCAAGGGUAUAAUGCCAUCCAGGUCAUGGCAAUUAUGGAACAUGCCUAUUACGCGAGUUUCGGAUAUCAAGUAACGAGCUUCUUUGCGGCGUCGAGUCGUUUUGGGACGCCCGAUGAGUUGAAAUACAUGGUUGAUGCCGCACAUCAACACGGAUUGUUCGUUUUAUUGGAUGUCGUGCAUUCGCAUGCCAGUAAAAAUGUGCAAGAUGGCUUAAAUAUGUUCGAUGGAACUGAUUCUUGUUUCUUCCAUGGAGGCCCACGCGGCGAACAUUCCUUGUGGGACAGUCGUCUCUUCAAUUAUUCGUCGUACGAGGUGCUGCGAUUCCUUCUUUCGAACCUGCGAUGGUGGCAUGAUGAAUAUUUCUUCGAUGGAUAUCGUUUUGAUGGCGUUACUUCGAUGUUGUAUCACUCCCGGGGCAUCGGAGAAGGCUUUAGCGGCGAUUAUAACGAAUAUUUCGGCUUAAAUGUCGAUACGGAAGCCUUAAUUUAUUUAGCACUUGCGAACAAAAUUUUGCAUGACAUUGAUCCGAAUAUCAUUACGAUCGCUGAAGAUGUUUCUGGCAUGCCAGCAAUGUGUCGUCCCGUCGAUGAAGGCGGUAUCGGCUUCGAUUAUCGCUUAGGCAUGGCAAUUCCUGACAAAUGGAUUGAAUUUUUGAAGGAAUUGCGUGAUGAAGACUGGAAUAUGGGAAAUUUGGUACACACUUUAACGAAUCGUCGAUGGAAGGAAAAGACUGUGGCGUAUGCCGAAAGUCACGAUCAAGCGUUGGUUGGCGAUAAAACGCUCGCUUUUUGGCUCAUGGACAAGGAAAUGUACACGCACAUGUCGACGUUGUCGGAGCCGUCGUUGGUUAUCGAUCGCGGAAUUGCGUUGCACAAAAUGAUUCGACUCAUCACGCACGCUUUGGGAGGCGAAGCUUACCUGAAUUUCAUGGGAAAUGAAUUUGGGCAUCCAGAAUGGUUGGAUUUCCCGCGAAUCGGUAACAACGAAUCAUAUCAUUAUGCACGGCGUCAAUGGCAUUUGGUUGAUGACCCCUUGCUCAAGUACAAGUACUUGAAUGAAUUCGAUAAAGCCAUGAACCAUACGGAGGCAGCUUAUGGUUGGUUGGAUUCCAAUCCCGGUUAUGUGAGCAGGAAACACGAAGGAGAUAAAAUUAUCGCAUUUGAACGAGCUGGACUCUUGUUUGUCUUCAAUUUUCACAUGAAUAAGAGUUUCACUGAUUACAGAAUUGGCGUUGAAGUUCCCGGCAACUACAGAAUUGUCCUCAGCACUGAUUCCGAAGCCUUUGGCGGGCACAAUCUCGUUGACACAACAUGCGUGCACAAAACCACUCCCGAAGGAUUUGAUGGACGUCGAAACUACAUUCAAUGUUAUUUGCCAAGCCGAACUGCCUUCGUGUUCGCAAAGGAUCCAUAAACGAAUUUUUUAUGUGAAUUGCCUUUAAUGAACAAUACAUCACUAAAAAAAUACCAAAAUCAAUGUACAAUAAUAAUAUUUGAUAAUCAAGAAGUGCAUACCUCAGUUUACUCGUUUAUACCAAAAAAUUACGUUUCGAAAAUUUUAUUGCUGUUAUAAUUGUUGAGAAAAAAUGUUUUAUUUAUUAGAAUAAGUUGUUUACGUAGAAAAUUGUGAAAAAAUAUAUUUUGUAGAAAUUGGUC